AUGUCGUAUUUUCUCAAACCGGUAAUCACUGAACAAGCUGUAGAAAAUAUUGACCAAACGCGGGAAGAUGGCGAGUCACAAAUCUCAUUGACCCCCGGGCCUGUAUGUAGAGAAGUCAACGACACCUUACCUUCCCUCCUAACCGCGGUUUUGCGAAGUCUUUCGCAUGUACCAAGUACCAACACCAAUGAUCUAGCUUUGGCGCUCUGCCUUGUAAUGAUACUUCGUAUAAUUGUCUAG